AUGGCCUUUUAUGAAUGGGGACCCAACCAGAGCUUCAACGAAGAAUUCUUUACUCUGAGCCAGGACAAACUUCACUAUGAGUCCGUCAAUGAGGAAUCACCUCUGGAGGAAACAAUAAACGCGCCGUCAAUCCCUCCCCCCAUGAUGAACUACCACCAUAACGGGUUUCCUUUUACACCCCCCCCUGAAGCCCUUCCUGACCUCCAUGAUGGCAUCCCUUUCAGCAAUGAGGCUUACGGCUGGAAUCCCUAUCCCCUCUACGGGUUCGGUUUUCUCAAUGCAAGCACGGCAAUGCCAGCCGAGCAAGUAUACCGCAUGGCACCAAGUAUUGUUCCCGCGACACACACAACAUACAAUGCGGUUCCUAUGCCUUAUUUUGGCAUGGAUCCCCUCGGCGGCAGUUACCUUGGAGCACGCUCCUUCUCACCGGCCUCAAGCACGGAAACUACCCUUGCGGCCGGUAGCAUCUCUACAGCCACAGUGUCCCCUCCCCCGGCGAACCCAGACCAAGGGAAUCAUACCCCGGCCUCGGCUGCCUACGCCGAAGCCAGCCGGCCACAUGCUGCCAGCGAGGCUCCAGUAGACCCUCUGCCGCCGGUUGAGUCUUCUGCUGCCCGUCGAGCAGAAGAAGACCGCAUCUUGAUGGAAUGCAGAAGACUGGGCAUGCCCUACGCGGCCAUCCAGAAGAAGCUCGGGUCAAAGUUGGCAGAGUCAACUCUACGCGGUCGCGUCAGACAGUUCACCUUGCCCCCUAGGGAUCGCGAAAGGAAACCAGCCUGGUCGGAUAAAGAUAUUGAACUUUUGAAAAGAGCCGUCCCGCUCUAUCGAAAGCCCGGCGGCAGGCCAAAGGUCUUCUGGGAACAAGUCGGCCGGUACAUUCAAGACCAUGGGGGGUCUCGCAAGUUCUCUGGCAAGACUUGCCAUGCGAAAUACAAAGAGGUGACGGGACGGGAUUACUAA